AUGCAACGCUCAAGACCUGGUGGUUCGACUAUGCCUCCUCUGAUUCUCGUUUCUGGUGUAAGCUCAGGUCUCCCAGACGCGCCUGUCAUUCAAGGGCCCUUAGCACCGCUUUCAACCGCCGCACAUCCAGCA